GGAUGGGCGCCUUGCGUGUUUGGCGUUGGAUUUCGGAGACCUGGCGGCCCGGGUUCGGGGCUGGCGUACGGCGGAGAGAUGCAGGCUUCGGCACCGAGGCCCGGCGUCGGUCUCAACCUCAAGCUUCCAACAAGAGCAAGGACCCAGUGGAGGACCAGCCCUUCCCGGGGCUUCUGCGGACAGAGAACCUGGGCGUGGAAGAGCUGGUUGACGUGCUGAAGGCAGCUGUGGUAGAUCAGAAAGGACCUCUGGUGACACUGAGCAAGCCACAGGGUCUGCCUGUGACAGGUAUGGGCACGGGGAGACCCGGGGAGCUGACGUUGCUUUCUGUGCUGCCGCAGCUGAGCCAGGCCCUGGGGCUUGGACACCGGGAGCUCCAGGUUGUGCGAGCACCUGGAAAGGAGGCCUCUGGGCUUGUGCUCCUCUCCGGCUGUCCCCAGACAGCAAGCCGCCUGCAGAAGUUCUUCGCUCACUCGAGGAGAAGCCAGAGGCCCACAGCCACCUACUGUGCCAUCACUGAUGGCGUCCCUGAGCCUUCUGAGGGGACUGUCAGCGUGGCUCUGAAACUGGAACGCAUGGAUGGCAUUAAUCUUGCGGUCCCGGUGGCAUCCCCAUCUCGAAAGGACAUCCUAGAAGGUGUCAAGAGGACCCUCAGCCAUUUUCACGUGAUGGCCACAGGCUGUGGCUGUGCCCUGGUCCAGCUGCAGCCACUGACAGGCAGCGGUCACCUCAGAUCCAUAGGCUCUGGGAACGAGGACAGUCCUUCCUGGUCAGGAAGAACAGCUGGCUCCUCACCCAUCUUUCAGUGUUUCCCAGUCAACUGCAGGUGCACAUGGCUCUGCAGCUCUGCCCGGUGCUUGGGGACCACACCUAUGCUGCUCGAGUGGGCACUGUUCUGGGCCAGCGCUUUCUGUGGCCAGCCACGACCACCAAACCCCAGACACAGGUCCUGGAUGAAGCUCUCCUCAAACGCCUCCGCCUGAGUCCUUCCCAGGUGGCCCAGAUGCCCUUGCACCUGCACCUGCAGCGCCUCCUCCUCCCAGGCACCAGAUCCAGGGACCCUCCCAGUGAACUUCUGGCGCCCGUGCCCUCUUACUUCUCUCGGACCCUGCAGUGCCUGCGGCUCUCCCAAAAAUAGACAACGUUUGACCCCCAAUCAGAAAAUGGAAAGAGGAAGGGCUGUGACCCACGUCAUGGACAAUGGGGUUGGUGCUGAGCACAGCCAAGGUCCUUAGUCUGCCAAUCUAAGAUCAAAUCCCGGUUAGGCUACUUGCUUGCUGUGUGUGGGGUUGGGCAGUUGACUUUCCUCUGGACUUAAAAUAAUAAAAGUCCUACCUCAUAA